AUGUCCGAGUCCGACCACAUGGAGACUUUCUGCAACAAACCAUCCGGAAACUUCACUCGCAACUCAACUUACCACACAAAUCUCAACGCUCUUCUCUCCACUCUAAGCAACCAGUCCUCCCUCGCUAACUAUUACAACCUCACGACCGGUCUAGCUUCAGACACAGUCCAUGGGAUGUUCUUGUGCACAGGAGACGUCAACAGAACAACUUGCAACUCCUGCGUCAAGACCGCAACAACCGAGAUCGCCAAAAACUGUACCAACAACCGUGAAGCAAUCGUUUACUACUUCGAUUGUAUGGUUCGUUACUCAGAUAAGUUCUUCCUCUCCACUUUAGAGACACAGCCUAAUACCCUAUGGUGGUCUACCGAUCUAAUACCCAAAACAUUUGGUAAAAUUUGGAGAGAGGCUGUCUGA